GGAAAGGUUGAAAUCACAGAAAAAGGUAUUAAAUUAAUUGAAAAGUUGACGAAAUCAUUGAAUUCUGCUAACACAACAAAUGGUGGAUGCCCCAUAGCUGAAAGUCCAGUGAAAGAAAACAUUUCAACGCCACAUGAUGGUAAAAGCAAUACAUCUAAGAAAAGGAAACGUGUAACUACUCCUUCCCCUGAGAGAGUUAAACAACCUAAUCGUGCGUUGAAAGAUAUUGUGAACUUUUAUCCGGCUUUAUCAUCGAGCAGUCGAAAUGCAGUACCCCUGUACCAACUAUAA